AUGAAGCAGUGCAAAGUUAUUCUACUCGGAGAUUCUUGUGUUGGUAAAACAACACUCAUUCAUAGAUAUAUAUCGGGCGAAUAUAGAAAUGAUUUUAAGGCUACCUUGGGUACAAAUAUUACUACAAAAAUUUAUACAAAGGAUGACAAAGACAUUGAGGCUGCAAUUUGGGACACAGCAGGAACAGAACGUUUUAAGUCAAUUUCUUCAAUUCAUUAUCGUGAUGCGGAUGCUUGCAUUUUAGUUUUCGAUUACACAUCCUUAGAAACUUUCCAUAACUUAUCAAAUUGGAGACAAGAUGUAUUAAGCAGUGCGGGAAUCAAAAAUCUUGAUAGUUUUCCAUUUAUAGUUGCUGGAAAUAAAUGCGAUUCUCAAUUCGAUCGUCAAAUAGAAGAAUACAUGGUCAAAGAAUGGUGUGACAAUAACAAUAUGAAAUUCUUUUCUGUUAGUGCGAAAACAGGUGAAAAUGUCAACGAAUUAUUUAAUACAGCAAUAGAAUCAUGUCUAUUCAAAAAGAAUUCUCCACCGCCACAAAAGAUCGAUAUCCAAGAUAAUAAGAAACGAUUUUGCUGUUGA